AUGUUUUCGACUUUGACCCUUACUGGCCACAACAUUCCGGAGGCUUUAACGCUCUCAAGGGCGGAGGAUUUUCCAUCUCAUCAGUUUGACCAUCUCAAGGGCGUGUAUCAUAGCAAGCCAACAUGGCGUCCUUCGUGGUUUCCAAAAGACGCUGGCCAUCUGUCUCUUACGCUGACGGAUAAUUUGUCUGGAGGUCGAUCCGCAGUUACCUACGCGGUAGAGGUCGUUGCCACGAAUUCCCAAGAAGGUGGAAUUACUGCCUCAAACCCCCUCCCCCUCGACCAGGAACUUUGUAUCAAGGUAGCACGACCCAAUCGCUGUCGCACCCUCGCACGGGAAGCAUGGAUAUACGAUAAGCUCAGAUGCCGCAAACCAGGCCGAGAAGGGUGGUCGUAUGAUCAGGUUCCCCAAAGCGACAGACUACAAGGUGUUAUUGCGCCUCACUUCUACGGCUUCUUCGUUGCCGACCAGGUUUCCUUUCCCCCUUGGGCCACCGAGGACUUCGAGCUCGAUAGGCGGUGGGCAGCAACCGUUGAUGUGACGCGUGACGACCGUCUACUUGACGAUAAAUUGACAGGCAGCUCUGGAGGCAAGGACUGCUCCGUCUGGAAUGAUUGGCGCCCAGACCCGUCUGUUCCCAUGCUGGCUAUCAUCGUCAUGUCGCGUGGGGGAGAAACCUGCAAACAUGUAGACGGGAUGGAUACGUCUACAGAGAAGGAUAUUCUUGAGAUACUCAGCGAUUUAUCGUUGGCUUCCAUCGUGCACGGUGACUUACGCCCGGCUAAUAUCGUGCGUGCGCCAGUGAGUACAGCUCUGUGCGAACGGCACAACCGCAUUCACAAGUGGAACAUCAUUGAUUUCUCUUCCGCUGACAUUGAUGACUACGAUGUCGAGGAGGCGGAAAUCAAAGGCACUGGUCACUACAAAGCCAAGAGGGCUCUGUGUAAUCUGCAGCAAAGGAGUUUUGGCGAGCACAUAUGGUACGCGUAGUUGACCGCCUCCUAGGCCCAGUAAACGUACCUUUCUGUGGUUAUUGCUACUUAGCG